AUGCUCCGUGCCGUGGCGGUUCGUGGACGCCCCUGGCGCGCUGUGGCGCGCUACUCGACGAGUGCGCCGCAGGUGUAUGCGAGCGCGAGCGAGGUUCCCCUUGUGCGCACGGACUUUGACGCCGAGAAGCGGAUCUGGACGCUGCAAUUUCUGGGCCAGGAGACGCCGGACCACCGCCUGACGCACGCCAUGAUCCAGCAGGGCCUGCUGCCGGCCCUGCGCGAUGUGCGGAGGCAGUGGGAGCAGUGGGUCGCGGCGCAUGCGAUGGAGCCGGGCGCCGCGCUCGUCACGACGGCCCCGGUCGACAGCAAGUUCUUUUCGAACGGCCUCGAUCUGCCGAACGCGAUCCGUGACCGCUACUUCUUCAACGACUGCCUGAAUGCGCUGAUACGCGAGUUGCUCACCUUCCCCAUCCCCACUGUGGCCGCCGUGACGGGGCACGCGUUUGCCGCGGGGUGCGUGCUCGCGCUCGCGCACGACUACCGCGUGAUGAACGCGCAGCGCGGCUACCUGUGUAUGAACGAGAUCGAGUUCGGCGCGCCGAUCCCCCGCGGCAUGCUCGGCGCGAUCCAGUCGGUGGCGACGAAGGCUGCGCAGCGCAAGCUCCUGCUCGAGGCGCACCGCUUCACCGCGGCGGACGCCGAGGCCCACGGGCUCGUCCAUGCGACGGCGCAAGGGACGGAGGCAACGCUGCACAAGGCCGUCGCCCUCGCCGACCAGGUCCGCUCGCGCGCAGCUGCGGGCGCGUGGCAGAGCAUCAAGGAGGCGCUCUACGCCGACGCGCUCGCGAUGCAUUCCGAGGACCAGACGCCGCUUGUGCGGAGCGUGCUGCACGAGCAGGAGCACGUCUGGGUGCUGUAUCUUACGGGCCAGCAGACCAAGGACAACCGCCUGACGCACGCGCUGUUGCGGGACGGCCUGCUGGCGGCGCUGCGCGACGUGCGGCGCCAGUGGAACGAGUGGGUCGAGCACGAAGAGGUCGGCGAGGGCGCCGCGCUGAUCACGUCUGCGGAGCUCUCGUCGAAGAUCUUCUCGAAUGGACUGGACCUGUUCAAUGCGCUGAAGGACCCGCACUUCUUCAACGAGUACCUGAACCCUGUGUUCGCCGAGCUGCUGACGUUCCCCAUCCCGACCAUCGCGGCGAUUGGCGGCCACGCGUUCGCGGCGGGCUUCACGCUCGCGCUCGCGCACGACUACCGCGUGAUGAACGCGCAGCGCGGCUACCUGUGCAUGAACGAGAUCGAGUUUGGCGCGCACAUUCCCCGCGGCAUGCUCGGCGCGAUCCAGUCGGUGGUCAAGUCGUCGACGCUCAUGCGCAAGAUCGUGCUGGAGGGCCACCGCUUCCCUGGCAGCGAGGCACUGCAGGCAGGCCUCGUCGACGCCCUGGCCGAUGGCCAGGAGGGCACGCUGCGCCGCGCCUUUGAGCUCGCCGGGCAGGUCAAGUCGCGCGCCGCGAAGAAUGCCUGGCAGGUGAACAAGGAGCUGGUACACCGCGAGUCGCUCGCGAUGCAGUUCGAGCCGCCGCGCGUGUCCAAGCUGUAG